AUGAUCUCCUCUCCUUUCGUCUGGAUCGAGAUCGGGGCAGCGAGCCCCGACCACCUCGCCGUCGCCCCUCGCCACCUCACAGGCGCCCGCCUCUCCGUCUCCUCCCGCACGGCGCGCCCCGACCCUGCGCCCGCCCCUGACGUCGUCGCCUCCCCGAUUUCGUCGCCGGACUGCCCUGCCCCGCCUCUCCAUCGUCGUGGCCGCGCGCGCCGUUGGCCACCAUGGCCGCACUCCGGCCGUCCCCCCCGCAUCCGCGCGCUUGCCUCACCUUCUCCACCUGCGGCCACCACCCUCGCGCCGCUCCCCGCCCCGCUCGCCUGCCACGCGUGCACCGCCGCUCCGCCCUCCGAAGGCGCCGCCCACUGCAUCCCUUGGCCAUCCAUGCGCGCGCUCGCCCGCACCACGUCGACCUGCGCUGCUCACCACCUGCCACCGCCGCCCCGCACCGGCCUCCGCCCGACGGCCGCUGCCGCCUUCUCCCUCCCUCUCCUCCGCUGCGCCUGCUCGCGCCGCCCGCCGGAGGCCCCGGUCGCGCACGCCUCGCCUGCUGCGCCCCGCCACUCCCCGCGCAUUGCUGCGCCCGGCACUUCUCCUCCCCCGUCGCCGGCGACCUCACCCCGGCCGGCGCUCGGGUUCGCCCCUCCAUGGGCAGGGGCGCCCACGCCCACACCGCGCGCCCGUUAA